AUGCUUCACCUCGGCCUCCGCCGCAUCGGCGCCGCACCCUCUACCACCACAACCCGGCUUAUCCCCCACAUCCGUCCAUUGUCACAAGCACGAAGGGACUGUUUCUUGCCCAAAACCAUCUCCAAUAUCCGCAUUCCAUUUUAUUAUCAAGUUCGCUCUGCCUCGGCCUUUUCGCGCUUUCGCGACAACUUCAAUGAAGCCAGAAAGGAUAUCUGGCAAGAACGGCCCAUUGGCAUGCCGGCCAUGCUCAUUUUUGCCCUCGGUACGACAGGCUUUCUCAUAUAUCUCAUAUACGACCACGUCACCCGGGUGGAACCCCAAUUCGCACGUUUUCCGGCACCCGUGAGUGAUAGAUUGCGAAAGGCAAUAUACUAUACAGAGUUCGAUUUGAAUCCUGUGGCUGCGCUUCAUUGGUACAAACAAGCGCUGAUUGCGGCAGAUUUGUCGGGCCUGCAUCCUUUCUCGGAAGAAGUACUGGGGAUCAGAUUACAUAUCGUACAGAUGCUAGAAAAAGCAGAGAUGAUCAAACCAGCUAUUGAAUUAUUAGAAACAUUACAGAAAGACUGUGUUGAAUGGGUGAAUAAUGGGCGGAGAAAGGAACUGGUUAGAUAUCGAGAGCGUUCAAGUCGAAAUCAAGCGAAAGACAGCUCUACCGCGGAAGACGAGAAUAUUGAGCAGGAAAAACAAAUAGAAGAGGAGCAACGGCGUGCCCUUGCUAUGAAGAGGGCUGCAGGCUGUGGUGUAAAGCUGGCAGAACUCUACUCAAGCGAUUACAUCCGUGACUCAGAAAAAGCCGAAGAGGCUCUAAUAAAAGCCGUUGAUCUCAGCCGCGCUGAGCUUCAGUACCGUCGGGGAAAGAACCUCCCAGUAUCCCAGGUAGAAGGUGGCUAUUACCUCAAUCUUACAGAGGUAGCAUCCGCUUUCAACGAACUAGCAGAUUUAUUUGCGCGGAAGGGUCGAAACGACCUUUCAACAGCUCUAUACAUGCAGUCUCUCUCACUAAUUAAAGAAGACGAGCAAGACAGGCCCAGUACAUGUGCCCAGGUCGUCCUGCUGAACAAUAUAGCAAGCCAAAUGGCUGAGCAGGCUCAAAGCCCAAGUCCUCCACCUGCAGCAACGACAUCCAGCGCACAUAUGCCCCCGGUAUCGCGUGACCAGUUACUUUACGCCGCCUCGGAGUGGGCUAAGAAAGCCAUUGAUGUGGCUGAUAAGAUCCAACCUCCAGCCCGAAAUCAGGAAUGUGACCAAGGGUGCCUAACCGCGACUUACAACCUAGGGGAGAUAGCGGAGAUGCAGGGUCAUUUUACUGAAGCGAAGAAGUAUUAUGUAGAAGCGAGGGAAAUCGCAAAGCGAAUACAGGUUCCUGAGGGUGUUGAGAGAGUAAAUGAGGCUAUGGAGCGGAUCAAAAAGCAGACAUGA